GACCGAUGACAGCUCCGUGGAGUUGCGCGACCAACACUUUGCCAUGUGCUCCGAAAACGUGAAAUCGUUCCGACACGCGUCUACUUGCAUUCGUGCGCAAAUUUGAUCUUCUCUCAACAGAAUUACAUUCGCGAAAAUCCAUUGUUAGGAAAACGCGAUCCGCUCGUAUGAGAGAUGAGUAUGGCUCACCGAGUUCUCCGAAGGUAUCCCAGAACGAUGAUCAAUCGUUCUCGCGAGGUUGCACAGAAGUUUGAUUACCUACUGGUGAUGGACUUCGAGGCCACGUGCGAGAGACACGAGGUGCUCAAGCCGCAGGAGAUCAUCGAGAUACCGUGCGCGGUGCUGUCCACCCACGACUGGCAGCUGAAGGACAUGUUUCAUACGUACGUGAGACCCAGAGUCCAUCCCACCCUCACGCCGUUCUGCACCGAAUUGACCGGGAUCAUGCAGGAGACGGUGGACGAUCAGGCUUACUUCGCGAAUGUGUUCCCGAGGUUCUGCGAGUGGUUGACCAAGGGAGGGUACUUGGAUGAAUCUGAAAGAAGCUCGUCGUUCGUAACUUGCGGCAAUUGGGACUUGAAAACCAUGCUGCCGAGUCAGUGCGACUUGGAUGGCAUUGCUUUACCGGAUCAGUUCAAGCAGUGGAUAGACCUGAAGUACACGUUCUGCGAAUCCGUCGGGUAUUAUCCGAAGGGCUUGAGGGACAUGCUCGUGCGAUUAAACCUUCCGCUGAAGGGACGUCUACAUUCGGGCAUCGACGACGUGAAAAAUAUGGUUUCGAUAAUACUAGCUUUAAAAGAGAGAUACAACACGCAAUUUAAGAUUACCUCGUCGUUAACAAUCUCUGCGAUAAAUUCAAGUAGUUACGAACAUACUGGAGUAGCGAGGAGUGUAGCGAAAAAAAACACGUGACAGUUUGUUAAAAAUUAGUCUUGCAUUAAUAAAAUAUCACUUUUAUAAAACUUUUCAAUUACAA